AUGGUCUUGCAGCAUCCGCUCAAUCAACGCUUGGCGCUCUAUGGCAUGAACGGUGGCACCUGCAAGGUCUUGCCCCGCGAGGCGAAGAUCACAGCUGAAGAGCUGGAGCGCUUUGAGUUGGAGGCGGUGGAGCACCAGUCGGUGGAGGCUCUCGCCUAG